AUGGCCGAUUACAUUGGAACACCACAAGCGAGCGAAGCGUCGAUCAUCACCAGAACACUCAAUGGCCUCGACUCUCUCUCGCCGGAGAAGUCUUUCGCGGUCCCAGCACAAGGAGGAGACCUCAUCAGCCAGAUGCGAAAUGCCAAAGGCCGCGGCAUGAACCUGAAAACCCCCAGAGCUGGAGCCGGAAUUCGUGAUCCUCUGCGACUACUUCCAAAUGGCGAUCAUGGUAGAUCAGAAUUCACUCCCUUGAUGAAAAGCGUAACGAAGAACAACAUUGCGAGGCGUCUGUCCAGCCGCAAAAGUGGCAGUGCCUCGACGCCGCGAUUUUCCCUGUCAAAACCCGGCGACCUCUCCGCCCUCGAUCCCGAACACACAUCCAGCUCCGCAGGCAAUGUCGCCGACGAUACGCCCAUGCCUCAUCAAGCCAGCAGCGCGCAGAGUACGCCCCUGGCGCAACUCCCUACGCGCGAUGGCGGUGGUCUCGUCAAUGAUGGGAACAUGAUGACACUACGAGAGCAAGAAAAUAUCAUCGACAAGAUUGAAAAGGAGAAUUUUGGGUUGAAGAUGAAGAUACAUUUUCUAGAAGAGGCCAUGUCCAAACGCGGUGGUGAAUUCAAUCAGGCGGCUCUCAAGGAGAACACCGACUUGAAAGUCAACCGCAUCACAAUGCAACGUGAACUGCACAAGUUCAAGAAGAAUAUUGCUCAGGCCGAGAAGGACGCAGAGGUGUACAGACUACAACUAGAGGAAUUUAAAGAACGGAUCAGACGAAAACAGGUCGACGAAAGUAUCCGAAUUGAGCUUCAGCAACUACGCUCGGAAGUUGAAGCUAAAGACCAAAAGUUAGAGAAGCUAGAGCGCGAGUCGAGUCAAGCAGCCCGGGAAGAGCAGUCACAAUUGCAAAAACUCAAGGACGAGCUUGAGGACCUGCAGGCCGAACUUCGGGAGAAGGACCGAGCGAUCGAUGAGCGAGACGACCAAAUUGAUUCUCUGAAAGCAGAGGUCAGCAAAGACUCCAAUGAAGUGGUCGAAGUGGAAGAAGAACUGAGAUACGCGAAGGAGGAAGUCGAAGACUUGAAGCAGAAUCUCGAUCAGCUUAAAGCAGAGCUGCAAGAGGCAAAAGAAGAUCGAGAAGAGGCGGUUGACGAGAAGAGAAGAGCCGAAGAAAACCUUGACGAACUUCGCGAUGAAAUUGCCAACAAAUCCUUUACGACCAAGGGUCUGAGUCGACAGCUAGAGGAGAAGGCGAACAAAUUGGACGACGAUUUUCAGGACCUGCAAGAGCGAUACGAAGCACUUCAGGGAGAGCUUGAGUCAAAGUCGGACGCAGAGAAGCAGUUGCGAGAGCGAGUGCGCGAGCUCGAAAAGGAAGGUGCCUCUGAAACACGCAAAAUUCACCAAGAACUCGAACUUUCCCAACAACAACGCGACACACUCGAACGAAAGUUGAGCAACAUGGCCAAACAACUUGAAACGGCGGAGCGAGAUCUGCAAGAAAAGACCGAUGAGAAAGAGCUGCUUCAAUCUCGUCACGAUGCCUUGACCAAGGAGUCUGCCGAACUUCAGAAGGACCUUGUGCGAUCCCAAAAGGCCGUUCGAGAGCUCGAGCAAAGUCUUGAAGAAGAACGACAUCAAUCCGCAAAGAAUGACAACCUCCUCCGCACCCAGCACAAGAAUGAACUCGAUCUCCUCAAUGAACAGAUCGAUAGCCUUCACCGCGACGUCAAUCGCAAGGAGAAUGAGCAUGCCGCUGACUUGGAAGAAUGGGAGGCGUUGAGGAGUUCGCUCGAGAGUGCUUCCCAGAAAGCCGAGGAAAAGGCCAAAGGGCUACAGCGGACGGUGGACAAACUGUAUGACUCUCAGGGUACCUUGUCUGGUCGUGAGACUAAGCUGCAGGAAGCCAUGGAGAGCGAAACCCAACGUCAUCUACGGGAAGAAAAGAUUCUGUCCAAGCAGAUCCAAGAGCUACAACAAGACCUUGCAACGAAGAGACAGGCCACAGAAGACAGCCGAAACGAGCUUAACAACGCGCGGGAGGAACUUCGCAUUUCCAUCCGAGAACAGGCAUCACUCAAGGAGAAGGUGCUUGAGCUAGAGGACGAGAUCGAGAUCCUGCAAGCGGAUAUUGAACAAGAGCAUGAGAUGGCACAGAUGCAGCAACAAAAAUCCUCCACUCAUGCCGACGCACAGGUUCAGAAGCUGAGACAAGAAAAGCAAUCUUUGCAAGAGCAGCUGGCCACGGCCAAUCUGGAAUUGAAAGACGCCCGCUCUUGCUUGAAAUCUGCCGAGCGUGAACGUGACGAGUCUGAGAGGAAGUUGGAGAAGAUGCAAAAAUCCAACGACGACACCUUCAAUGUUGAUCAAGAAAAGCGAGAGCUCAAGCGGACCCGGGUCAAAUUGGAAAAGGAUGUUGCACGUCUGACAUCGGAACGCGACGCUUUGAUACAGGCCAACAAUGUCCUAGAGAACGAGAUCAACGCGGAAAUCGAGCGAGCUAGUGAAGAGGAAAACCGUCUCAACGCGGAGAUCGAUUCUCUUCGGAGCCAGAAAUCCUCGGGAGUCGACGUCAAAGACCGUGAGAUCUCGUCUGCCCGCAACAAGGUCGCCCGAUUGGAGGCCCGUGUGAAAGAUUUGGAAGAGAAGCUCGCGAAUCAAUCACAUGUGGUAUUGUCCCCAGCGUCGGACGCAUCCGGGCUCAGAAACGACCUGACCGAAGCCCGAGAGAAUGUGACUGCGUAUGCCAAGCGCGAGACGGAGUUGAAAGCUUCGAAUCGAGACCUCAAGAUGCGAGUCAAUGAUCUCGAGAAGGACCUGCACGAAGCUCGGCUCUCCCAAUACAAGGCUAGAUCUCCAUCGGCCUCGCCACCACCUUCGCACUCCAAGGCAUUGGCACAGAUCCGCCAAAACUUGGUCGAAGCUCAAGGGGAGAUCAAAGUGCUGUCGUCGGAGAAUCGCGAGCUGAAACGUGCGGCACGGCGCUCCUCUUCAAACGACACUGAAUUUGCAGAGCUACAGAGUUUGGUUCGAUCUCGUGAUGAUGAAAUCCAGACCUUGAACCAGAAGAUCUCCGAACAGGACGAUCUGAUGGGCAACCUUCGCGAAAAGCUAGAAUCCCUCCAAGAAGAGGAUGCCGACGCACAUGAUUUGGCCGCGAGCAUCCGCAAACGCGACCGACAGAUCCAAGAUCUCAAACAACAGAUCAAACAGCUUCAAGAAUCUCAGGAAGAACUUAAUGACGUCUCCAUCCGCCUUACGGUACGCGAUGGCGAGGCUCAGGAAAUGAAACGACAGCUCCGACGGCUUCGAGAGGAACGCAGCCGGGCAAACAAGAAAUCCGAGCAAGUUGAGACCGAGCUGGAAGCACUGCAAAGCAAGUACGAAGACGUAUUGGAGACGUUGACGUUAGCCAAAUCCACCAAGGAUGACGUUCGUGAGAAGGAGAUGAAGGGACUGAUCAAGGAGAUCAUGUGGUUGAAGGCGAGAUGCAAGAGGGAAGAGCGACUGAGAAAAGACCUCGCCUGGAGCAAAGGCUUCCUCGAACAGGGCGAGGUGAUGAGAGCUCAAUGCAAUCAAGUUGACCUUCGAAUCUUGGGUGAGAUGGGCGUCUCACUGGAUCAACAAAAGUAUGAGGCAAAGCUACGACCGGUCCAGAAGUUCAGAGCGGGUGUUUUCGCUGUUAUUGCUGCCAUUCGAAUGAGCAAUAUGGAGGAGUCAUGGAGGGAUGCCAAAUUCAUGGGUGAAGAGUUGAGGUUGAUGCGUGCGAGGCAGACUAAAUCACGGACCAGAGUAAGGAUCAUGGAGGUGUAG